CUGUGUUACAGUAUGUUGUACAAUGACACAUACUGUAACACAGUUACACAUUGUACAGUAUGUUGUACAAUGACACAUACUGUAAUCACAGUCUUGAUUCCUUUUGCAGUGGUUUUCAUAAAUGACUUUCCACUUCAUUAAAAUGUCCUUAUUUGACUACCAAUUCAAGGAAAGAAUUAAACUACAGCAGUAGUCCUUCCUUAUCUGUUGUUUCUCUUUCCACGGUUCCAGUUACGCAUGGUCAACUACGGUCCGAAAAUAUUCAAUGGAAAAUUCUAGAAAUAAACAAUUCAUGAGUUUUAAGUUGCAUGCCAUUCUGAACAGCAUGAUAAAGUCUUGCACCAUCCCACUCCGUCCUGCCUGGAAUGUGAAUCGUCCCUUUGUCCAGUGAAUACACAUUGUAUGCUACCCUCCCAUUAGUCACUUAGUACAAUAAGGUAUUUUCAGAGAGAGAAACAGAGACCACAGUCACAUAACUUUUACUGCAGCAUAUUGUUAUAAUUGUUCUGUUUUUUAGUUAUUGUUAUUAACCUCUUGAGCCCUGGUGGCACAGUGGUUAUCAGCUUGGCUGCUAACCAAAAAGUCAGCAGUUCGAAUCCACCAGCCACUCCUUGGAAAACCUGUGCGGCAGUUCUACUCUGUCCUAUAGCGUUUGUAUAAGUCAGAAAUGGCUCGACUGCAACCGGUAGUUGGUAGGUGCCCAAUUUAUAAAUUAAACUUUGUCAUAGGUGUAUACAGUAUUUUAUAGGGGUUUGGUAUUAAACAAAUUAGCACAUUUAUGAAAAUUACAAAUAUAUUCUUGUUUUUCUGAAAUUUGUGUUAGUCAUUCCAUUGAGAAACAAAAACAAAAAAUGGAGUAUUGUAACCAUCAUUUCUAGUUGCCUGACAUGCUGAAACAGGAUCUUCUGGAUGACCUGAAAUCGGAACUGACUGGAAAAUUUGAAAAAUUAAUUGUGGCUCUGAUGAAACCCUCUCAGCUUUAUGACGCCUAUGAACUGAAGCACGCUCUUAAGGGAGCUGGGACAAAUGAAAAAGUACUGACAGAAAUUAUUGCUUCAAGGACACCUGAAGAACUGAGAGCCGUAAAACAAGUUUAUGAAGAAGAAUACGGCUCAAGCCUGGAAGAUGACGUGGUGGGAGACACUUCAGGGUACUACCAGAGGAUGUUGGUGGUUCUCCUUCAGGCUAACCGAGACCCUGAUGCUCGAAUUGAUGAAGCUCAAGUAGAACUGGAUGCUCAGGCUUUGUUUCAAGCUGGAGAACUCAAAUGGGGGACAGAUGAAGAAAAAUUUAUCACGAUCUUUGGAACACGAAGUGUGUCUCAUUUGAGAAGGGUAUUUGACAAAUACAUGACUAUAUCAGGAUUUCAAAUUGAAGAAACCAUUGACCGGGAGACUUGCGGUAAUUUGGAGCAACUACUUCUUGCCGUUGUAAAAUCUAUUCGAAGUAUACCUGCCUACCUUGCAGAAACCCUCUAUUAUGCUAUGAAGGGAGCUGGGACAGAUGACCAUACCCUCAUCAGAGUUGUGGUUUCCAGGAGUGAGAUUGACCUGUUUAACAUAAGAAAGGAGUUUAGGAAGAAUUUUGCCACCUCUCUUUAUUCCAUGAUUAAGAGCGAUACAUCUGGGGACUAUAAGAAAGCCCUCCUGCUGCUCUGUGGAGGAGAAGAUGACUAACGUGCCUCCUGGUGAGACCCUGCUCUGUGCCUGCCACCGUCUCCAGCACAUCUAGCCGCACUUCUUUUGUAUGCUAAUGCUUGACAUAUUGCCUUAUUCAUGCUAAGAUGCUAAUGACCAAAACGUACAUGCUGUAGGAGUACAUACCUCUGCUGCUUUUUGAUCUUCAAGUGAGAUCUGUCUCUUUGACUGUUACAGUACUGAAGUAUACGUGACGUCACUAAGUCUAGAGUCUGGGUCGUUUAUAUUUUACUUUUAAAGAUCAGACUGCUUUUAGCCUCUUCAUAUAAACUUCAUUUAUAUGAAAUCGAUAACUGUAUUACCUUAACCGGAACCUUAGCCUUGAAACUGUAAACUCUCGGAAGUGUUAUUAAUCAACUUUGCUACGAAAUUAAGCCUGCAAAAUUAUGGUAGUUGCAUUCAAAAGAUUAAUGAAAAUAAACAUUUCCUCUCCCCUGAA